AAGCUCUUCUCGACGAGAAGAUAACAGGGGUUCGUUGCGUCGCGGCACUGCGCGUUGUGGAGACAGAGAGACACCGGGAAACGCACACCUUGGAGCAGACGCUCCCGCUCGCUGCGCAUCCAGAGAGAGAAACGAGGCAGAGUCUUCUCUCCUCACUUGUUCAGCAAACAAAGAUGGAACUUCCAGCGAGACACGGUUCUCGUCCACGCUCCGUUUUCCCUCUCCUCCUCUUUGUGUACCCCUCUGUGCCGGCGAGUUCGCUCGACCGUCCUGUCUGACAAGACACAAGGGCGCGUCGUGGAGAACAGACCCAAACAGGAGGGUCGAGGCUUGCUUCUGGACCCCAGGGUUUUCGAAUUUUCUCGUCUCUGUCUCCGCAGCCAGCGGAAAAAAUUCGCCGAUUCUGACGGAUGGAUACCCCAACAGCCUGCACACCACAGAAUGAGAACGUUCGCUGCCUACGCGGCGGGUCGCACCAUACGUCUUCCUUUUUCCCCCUUUGAUUCAGUCUAAAGCAGACACUCUCUCCGAUCCGCGACGAUACCUUGCCUUCUCCCUCGGCUCCGAACCUGCUCUUCCCUACCUUCUUCGCUGCCGUGUUUCCUCCCUCUCCUCUUGUCCCCAUAGUCUGCGUCUCGUUCCUUCGCGGCUGUCGGCUUUUGACCUCCCUCUUGUUCUCCGCGUACUUAUUCCUCCCGUUUCCUCUCUUCUUUUCUCCCUCCUGUUCUCUCUCUUCUUCUCUCCCUCCAGCUUCUCUGUGGCUGGUUCUCCCGCGUCGCGGCCUCCUCUGUGUGCGGCCGGUGGCUGUCGGGUCCUUCUUCGUCGCUAUGGAAGAAGCGUCUGGCGGGGCGCCACCCGCCGGCAGUUUUUUCUCUUGGCUGCGGGAGCGCGAGGCGCAGCAGCUGCAGGCCGAAGCGCAGCAGCUGCAGGCCGCAGCGCCGCAGCAUCCGCGGGAGGGCGAGGAAGCGAGCAAGCAAGGAUUCUUUUCCUGGCUUCGCACCCGCCAGGAGGACGACGCCAUCUGGAAAUGUAGUUGGGAUGUCCCUGCCUCCUCCCUCGAGCGGAGAAAGGACCGUGACGAGCACGAGCCGAUCCUCGUCUUCGACCUCGGCGCUUACCACCUCAGGGCGCAUGUAGCAGAGCGCGGCGGCGAGGGCGAAGAGCAAAGCUCGAUUCUCCCCAGCUGCGUCCGGCGACCUUGGUCAGGAGACGGCGGAUACCUCUCAGGUUGCGAACGGGGCGCGGUGCAGAACUGGGAAGAAGUUGAAGACGUCUUGGUCGAUACGCUGGAGAACCAUAUGUCACUUGGAACUGGACGCCGCACAGACGGCGUAAAGCGCUUCCUGGCCUGCGUCAGCAGUCUGCGUUCGCCUGCCCACUUUGCUCGUCUGGGCGAGAUUGUAUUUGAACUUCUCGACGCUCAACAGUUCCUCAGCGUCGACCAGGACCUGCUGUCUGCCCUGGCUAUCUGCGGGUGCAGCUCCGCCUGGAGAGUCUCCGGAGAAGAUCCGUUUGCUGCCGCCGCAGGGCGGCUCUGCAGACAAAUGCAGAAUUUCACGGGAGUUGUUAUCGACGUAGGAAGUUCCGUUUCUCGGAUUUCGCCUCUCCUCUCGGGUCUCGCCAUUUCAGGCGUCGUCGUCGAGUUGCCGCUCGGCGGCCGGGACCUCGACUUGCUGAUUCGUGACGAUCUUCUCGCGCAAAAUGAACGGCUCGAAAGAAGAAGCCGGAACGAAGACGGUGUCCAAGGGAGACCCGGUAGGUCGGGAUCGACCGUCGACCACUGCGACUUCUUCCGAGCGGCAGAGAGCACGCAGGCGAGUCGGCGCGAGGCGGCCCACUGGAAUGUUGUAUCGUUGACGGCAGCGAGACAGGGAAAGGAGCAACUUGUCUACUGCGUGGAAGACCCCGCCGCGAGCGACUCUGGAAGCUACGCCGUGCUGCAGGCCGAAACCGCUUUCUGUGCGGCUCAUCCGGCGAGCUACGAGGUUCGCCUACGCCGGAGAGACUGCCGCCAGUCUGUCGAUGCGGAUUCGACAGCAUUCAAAACUGGCCAGCGGCGCUCGUCCACUCCACUUGUGCCUCCCGAGUCUUCGAGUUCGCGUUUCCCCUCGUCGUCACUCUCGUCUUCUUCUCUCUCUUCUCCUUCCUCUUCGUCUCCUUCAUCUGCUCUCUUUUCCUUCCCCCCGCAGACUCAGGCCUCCCUCCUUCGUGAGGUGCAGAUGUCCGAAGGGAUUUCGUCGAACGCCAAAAGAGAGUGUGCGUCGCGCUGCAUCUCUCCCCUCGCGUCUCUGGAGACUGGGGAGGUGAUGCAUGCAGGUGGACGGCACCUCAAUUGCCUCACAGCCUCGCGCGUCCAGGCAUCUGAACUGUUUUUCGAUAAACCGUUUCUUGCGGACUACCGACGCCGCCAUCACCGCGGCGGGAUGGACAAGCUGGAUGGGGAUACGCUUCCUGAGGCCCUGCUGGAGGCGGUGGAGAGGUGCCCUCUCGACCUCAAGCGAGAGCUGCUGGAAAACAUCUAUUUGGUCGGUGGAUCGUCGCUGAUUCCAGGCUUCGCGGCGCGACUCCAGGCAGAAGUCACGAACCAUCUUCGCCGUCAGAAAGCGCACUGCUCCAUUCUGCCGAGAGUCCACGUCAUGCCGUCUCCCCUGCAGCUCCACUCAGUGGUCUCAGGAGGUUUUCGCUUUGCUCUCGGUCCUCAGUUUGAUCUCAACCAUAUCAACCGUCAGCAGUACGAGGAGUACGGAACGUCGUUUCUCGAGCGAUUCAGCGUCAGAGGUCGUCUGAGAUGAGUCGCGCGGUGCGCCCCCAACGCAGAGAAUUCGGAAACCAUCCGAUGUUCAAAUAUGUGGAGGUGGAAAUAUGAAAACAAACAUAUGUCGAAGUCCUUGAACGUCAGC